AUGCCCACAGGGACGUACGUCAGGUCGCUCUCUCUCGACCUCCCCAGCUGCCCGACGCCGUCGGUGCCAGUUUGGUUGGUGUACCCGAGGGAUCACACCGUACUUAGCCGUAUGUCGUUUUGGAGACGGUACAACAACUUUCCAGUAAGACUUCCCAUACCCGCUCCCCGCUCAACUUCCGCCGCCGAGACUUCGAUUUUUCUCGAGGAUGCCGAUGCCGCCGAUGCCACGCAGAACGGUCAUUUUAAGGCUCUGGAACACCGCAACCUUUCCUCUUAG